CCUUGCACGACGCUUCCGCUAAUUAUAUCGAAAAUCUGCUACGUGUUACCAACCGACCUCGUCACCUUCUCCGCUUCCACCACGUGGGCCUCUCGCUUUGGUCCCGCUCCUCCUAUUUCCCUCUCUCCCUAAACAAAAUCUGAACCCAAACCCUAGCUAGAGCACUUUUUGAAGCUUCAAAAACGCAGCAGAAGUUUCUUUGUAUUGUAUCUCUACCAUGAAGCUGGUCUAGGUUGGAGCUUUUUGUGGCCGAGUCUUCGAGCUUUGUACAAUGGUGGAUGAAGAGAUCGAGCUGGAUUUAGGGUUGUCGAUCGGAGGGAGUUUCCGGAAACCGGAGAAGCUUAAACCGGUGAAGAAAGUGUAUGCUCUGACGUCUGUUGAUUCGGAAUCCAACGGCUUUGAUAUGGACGUGAAAGAGAACCGUCGGAGCCUCGCUAGAGAUGGCGAGCUUGUGGAUCCGCAGGCGAAGCGGGAGAUGCACGCGCUGCGGAGGCAAGAGGCGAAGAGGAAGAGAGAAGAGAAGCAGGAGAUGAAGAGGGGCACGUGUAGGGACAAGGGAGGCGAGUACGGGAGCGAGUGGGGAAGGGACGGGGAGCCGGCGCGUAAGAGAGAGAGGACGGAUGAGCAAACGCAAAUGCAAAUGCAAAUGCAGCGGCAACACAGCGACGUGGUGAAUGCGGUGCCGUUUCAGGCCGUGGCGGCGAAUGUGCAGUACCCGUACGCGCCGGUGCAGCACGUGCCGUUAACGAAAGGGUCGUUGGGGGGGUUUCCGUGCGUGAUGCCGUGUUGGGUGCCCGGUGGUGGCAGGGCGUUUGAGCCAUCCACGUGGCGGGGCUUCAGGCCGUACAAAGGGAACCUGAGUCUGGGGUUUACCCUGUCCGGCAACGGGUGCGAGAAAGAUGGUGCGAACGGGGAAACGGUAUCGUAUGGUUCGCAAAUUUGCGGUUCCUCGGCCGGUUCGGAGGACCGUAGCUUUUCUCACGAAGGUGGUGGCAGCAGCGGCGACUCCAGAAGCCGAUCAUGUCACAAAGCAAAUGAUUCCAAGGGCCACUCAGAAAACAGUGCUUCCUCUGAACCCGUAGAAUCCGAUCAUGGCGAUAACGAUAACGAUAACCAUAAUACAAACCAUGCCAAGAAAGAAGAAGCAAAACCGAGUGAUUCAACUCCCGGUCCGUCGAAGGAAACCAAGAUGGAGAUGGGAAAGCCUCCCAAACCCCAAACUCCGAACCAAAUUAAUACUCCUCCUCUUCCUCAAAUGCCGUACGUAUCGACGACCGGGAACGGCCCAAACGGGAAAACCGUUACCGGGUUCUUGUACAGAUAUACGAAAUCGGAGGUUAGUAUUGUCUGUGUCUGCCAUGGAAGCACGUUCUCACCUGCUGAGUUCGUGCAGCAUGCUGGAGGCACGGAUGUCUCCCAUCCUUUGAGAAAUAUUACCGUCAUUCCUUCGGCUUUUUGAUGAUGAGUUCAGUUGCUUGCCUUUAGGCUUUUUUUAUCAUUGCUUGUUGGGUGGGGAUGGUGGGUAAAUACCUAGUUGGAGGAGCUCCUCCCCUAUCUAAUGAGAAUGGUAGAGACUUGCAUCUUUUGAAGCUUGAAUACCAGUUGUUGGACUGCGAUUAAUACAGUAACACUGAUCUAUAAAUCAGAUGAAUUGGAUCA